AUGAUACAGAGGUCAGUUGACGUGACUAAAUGUCAUAGUGACGUUGCCCAAACGAUGGGUGAAAGGAACCAGUACCCAGAUACGUUGCCUUAUGAUUAUAAUAGAGUAAUUCUGAGGAGAUUACCCGCGGACGAGAAUUCGCAUUAUGUAAAUGCGAGUUAUGUUAAUAGUUGGUUACGAGAGAGGGCCUACGUGGUGACGCAGGCGGUUAGGACGAAGCCGGCGUUGGCCGAGUUCUGGCGUAUGAUUUGGGAGUUGACAACGAAUUGUUUGGUGAUGCUGACGAAGGUGUUUGAUUUUAUGCGGGUCAGUUUAUUUUUGUCAUAA